AUGUGGUGGACGGUUCGUUCGCAGACCAUGAUCAUGCCCUUGCAAAGCCGGAGAGCACAGGCGAGAGCGAAGCUGAAUGAUCUGGACCUUUCCGACAAUCUUCUCCGCUCUCUUCCCGAAAACCUCUUUGCAGGCCAGACAGGACUGCAAAAGCUGGACCUGGCCUCGAAUGAGCUGCGGGCUCUGCCGGCCAAGCUCUUCAGCAACCUCACGGCGCUCGAUCACCUCAACUUGAGCUGCAACAGUUGGGGCUCCUUGCCGGAAGACCUGUUGAGUGGCUUGACGGAGCAGGUCCAUGUGUUUAACAACCAAGCCUCGGCUUGUGACGAGCCAAGCCGGCAUGUGAGUGCGCGCAGGUACCUGGUCAUGGACGCCACCUGCAAGAACUCCUUGUCGCCAGCCUGCUGCAUGCUGGAUGACUACUGGACCUGA